GUGUCAUCCUAGCCAGAUGAUCCAGUGACGGACAGCUCCUCGACUGAGCGUUUUUGCAGAAGUGGAAUAGAUAUGAUGAGAAAGUCAUCCCAGCUGUCAAUAUAAGCAGCAAAUCAACUCUGAUUUUCCUCUCUUCAAUCUACCUCUGACAAGAUCAGCCAUCAAUAACCCAUCAACUCAGGCUGACCACAAAGCUUCCUUUGUGACUCUUAGAAGAUCCACUUUCAUCCUUCAAGUCAACACCUCUUACAUAUCACUCAUUAUAUUGUUGCAGGGAAAAGCCCUCAGCCAAUCCAGUGGCUGGCGGGUUGGGUGAAGGAGGAGGAGCUUCAAGUCCCAUCAGGAGUGUUGUGAGGUUAGUGGCGAGCGGGCUGCUGGUGCCGAAUGCAGAACAUCUUCGAGCAGAACUUGGACAUGGCCACGGCUCUGCUUGCGGGUGAGAAGCUGAAGGAGUUGAUCCUGCCGGGUUCCACACAGGAUGAGAAGGCCGGUGUGCUGGCGGGUCUCAUGGUGCAGCUCAAACUAGAGUUGCCCUUUGACCGUGUUGUGACUAUAGGAACUGUCAUCAUCCCUAUACUGCUGGUCACAUUAGUUUUCACAAGGAACUUUGCAGAGGAAUCUAUAUAUUGCUACACCCCACACAACUUCACACGCGACCAGGCCCUGUAUGCCAGAGGCUACUGCUGGACAGAGCUUCGAGAUGCAGUGCCUGGCGUCGACCCCCAGCUUUGGCCCUCCUUGUUUGAGCACAAGUUUCUGCCCUACGCUCUGCUGGCCUUCACAGGCAUCAUGUACAUACCUGCCCUGGGAUGUGUAAAUGCAGCCACCAGAAAGAAGAAAGAGUCUACUCCACUGUCCACCACCACUGCCUUCUCCACAGCAUCAUAUAUGAAUGUUGGAAUGCCCAGCAUGCCUCCUCCAGACUUCCCGAAGGUCGAAGAUCCUCUCAACCAGGGGACGGAGCCUGAGAGCCAGCCCGGAAGCUCAGAUCAUUUCAUUUUCAGAGAUGAAGAUUACUGGGCAUUGGGGAAGCCAAUGUUUAGCAUAUUUUAUACUCUUAAAGCAUACCUGAGCACCUACUACGCCCGUCAGAGGCAGAACGAGUUCACUUGCGUGCUUGGCGAGCCGCCGGACACUAGCAGCAUCCCUGAACUGCGGCUAAAUGUUAACUGCAAGCUAUCAGCCGUGCAGCUCCAACGCAUUAUGGCCGCAGUGGACAUCGCUUUGCUGUGUACUAUGAACCUCAUUAUCCUUGUGAACUUGCUGCAUUUGUUUGUAGUGCGCAAGUCAAAUUUCGUCUUCGACAAGCUGCACAAGGUUGGCAUUAAAACACGCCGCCGCUGGCAGAAGUCACAGUUUUGCGACAUCAACAUUCUGGCCAUGUUCUGUAAUGAGAACAGAGACCACAUUAAGUCUCUCAACAGACUGGACUUUAUCACCAACGAGAGUGACCUCAUGUAUGAUAAUGUGGUGCGGCAGCUGCUGGCAGCGUUGGCUCAAUCCAACCACGACGCCACUCCAACUGUGAGAGACUCUGAGAUCCAGACUGUUGACCCCAGUAUGGACCCUUCAGUGCUCGGUGUGGGAGAAUUGGGAGGAGAGCCCUCAGUAAUCAAAAGACCGCGCAAGAAGAUCAAGUGGAUCCCCACAUCUAACCCUCUGCCACAGCCUUUUAAGGAACCCUUGACUCUAACCAGACUGGAAAACAGCAUAAAAGCAGAGAAACCUAAACCAGUCCGUAGGAAGUAUGUAGCAGAUAGCAUUAUUGCUCCACUUCUGGACAGCAAGAGCACACAACAUCCUCCUACUAACAAAGCUGCAGAAACAAAUAAUAUAGAGAAGAAACACACUCUUAACCUCUCGCUGGAUGUUCAUCCUUACAUGCUAACCAUCCAGAAAGCGAAAACAGAAACGGUCAAUCCUGAGCCACCCCCUGUUGUUGAGCACUCUCUCAGUAAUGUGUAUAUUGAGGGUCCACAUACAGUUGUACAUGUCUCAUCUUCUCAUACUGAGAAGAAAGAGUCUACUCCACUGUCCACCACCACUGCCUUCUCCACAGCAUCAUAUAUGAAUGUUGGAAUGCCCAGCAUGCCUCCUCCAGACUUCCCGAAGGUCGAAGAUCCUCUCAACCAGGGGACGGAGCCUGAGAGCCAGCCCGGGCCUUUUAGUCGAAACCCCUCACACCCGCUGCUGAGCAUCCAUCACACCUUGUGAGGACAAGGAGGAGCAAAACAGAAGGGACAGACUAGCCAGACCGGGCGAGUUUAUUGCUGCUGGAGAGUGUUAAAGGAAAAUGCAGAUACACACCUGCACACACUCUCACACACAAAUGCAAAAGCACUUAGAAUAUGAACUGAAGCACAAAGGAAUAUGCCGGUUUUUAGGGUUAUGUUAAUGGUUAUGUCAUUAAAGGUGAAGCUCAGAUCAUUUCAUUUUCAGAGAUGAAGAUUACUGGGCAUUGGGGAAGCCAAUGUUUAACAUAUUUUAUACUCUUAAAGGUGCACUUACAUGUAAUUAUUUUCAUUUAUGUUAAACUCGAGUUUUCAGUUACUGGUGUAUUAUUAAAAACACUAUUAAUUUUUAAUAUUAAGUGUACCUUUCAAAAUCAUCUCCCAGCCUUACAUCCACAUACUCAGACGUGUGUAGUUUGAGGGAAAAUAAAAUCACCCAUGACCUUGGUGCUCACCUUAUGGGUUAAUGAGUUCCCUAUGACAUUCCAAAUGAAGGCAAGGCACAUCAGAAUUUUGCACAAAGCACCAUUUGUUCCUGUAUCAUCAAUGUCCACAUGGUUUGGUGUUUUAUUUUUAUUUAUUUUUUUGCAAUCAGCGUCUGUUUCAUAUAGAUGUCUUGAGGUAUCCAAUGCAAUACAUGUAUUCUUAAAAUAUGCAACCUCAUGUCUUAUUGUCGCAAUAAUAUGCACAUUAGGAAUGUAUAUACUGAGGUGUACAGAAAAAAAAACUGAUAAUAUGAGAGAUUUUAGGCAUUCUUUAAAAAAAAAAAAAAAGACUGUCACAUGGCGUGUUUAUCCACACACCUCUGGUGCACUUAUUUAACGAGACUAUAUCACUCUGGGUCUUUGGGUUAAGUGCUCAAAGACAUUCAACUCUGGAUUGUCAGAAGAAAUAUGGAUCUUUAUACCAGCUUUUUUGAACAGACAGAGUUGUGACGGAAAGAUUUUAGCUUCUUCAGCUGGACACUUUCAAACUUUUUGAUACCUAAAUCACCAUGAACCACAGUUUGUGUGUCAUUCCACCUUUGUAAAUCCUAGUUAAAACCUUUGAUAUUCACUUAUGCAUUUUGUGGUGAAGUAUAACAAAUGCCCUGCCAAAAUACGCUUUUAUGAUUGUGAGUGAAUACAAGAAGUGCACAAUUAGAAUCCUAGAGGACCUCUAACCACAAGGCAUGAGACUGAUUUUAGAGAUAGCUGCUGCAGCUCACUGUUUUUCUAGCACAUAUUAUGCAUCCAAGUGCAAUAUUUUGAUAAUGAUAAUGUGAUACAGGGAACAAAGAUCACGAAUGACAAUACCAUUAGAGGGGAAGGAACCACACCUGAUUUUCCAGGCUUGAAUUUUAAAAUGUGAAUAUAAUUUGAUGGUAUUAUGGGUGCUAAUCUCAAACUUGGAAAUCUUAAUGGCCAACAUGUUAAAAUGGGGUUAGACAAGGUAGUUCAUGGCCAUGUUACCUUAUUUGUUUUGUUCUUGCAUUUAGGGGAAACAUUGUAAAUUAAUAUUUGUUUUGUAGCACCAUUUCAUUUUUUUUGUCUAUUUUUGUGCCACAAAUUAUUGACAAAUAUUUGUGUUUAAUAUGUGUAUAUUUAUGGAACUGCAGCAUUUCAACCAAGUAACCUGCUUAGAGAAAUAAAUUAAUCUAUGCUAAAAAGAGAAAAUGUUAGAUUAUCACGAGUAUACUGCAUGUUACACCAUUUACUCGAGUUUGAAUCA